AUGUACGGAAUGUGGCCUUUUCACUGUUCAUGCUUUUCUUCAGUUCUCCGGCUAAUUCUUGCUGCUAAUACUGAUGGGAAUAUGUUGUUUUCUGAGUUUAUUUCAUUUUUUUUUACCGCUCGUAGCUUGUAUUCUAAAGAUCUGGCAAGUUUGAAUUCGUGGAGGUGUUAUUUUCUCAGUCCUCAUACGUGGGAAUCAAAUGCAGUCCGGCGUAUUCAGCUCAUCAAAGGAGACAUGCAGCUCUUAGAAAUGCCAAGUGAUUGUUUGCGGAAAAUUUUCAGUUUCCUUACUUUCCAUGAAAUAUCGCUCAUUAGACCAGUUUGUCGUAAGUUUAAUGCAGUCGCUGCAGACCUCCUCAAGUGUGAGUUCUGUCGAUUGGAACAGUUGGUUCGCGACUACCGCCGGGAGUUGAAGCUGCUCUUACCACGACGAGAAUCGGAGCGGCGGAAGCACACACUGGCAGGGCAUGCGGAUGUGCUCUCCGCAGUAGAGACUCGGCUCUCCCUUUUGGGUAUGACCAUAAUGCGCUACGUGGAUGAGGGCUACUGCUGCUUUUUCCCAGGCAAGGUUCUAGAUGAAUUGCGCCGCGUCUAUAUGAUCAUAAAGUCCUCCACUUCGUCCAUCUCUCGCUCUACCGAACUCCUUCGCGAGCUACGUGAUAUCUCCUCUAUGGCGAUGGAGCACUUCGAUGAAGUGCUUUUGCCUCAAAUCUACGAGAUGCAUCGUCAACAGCAAAGUCUAGGCGAGCUGACCUAUCAGAGGCGAGGUGGGAAUCUACAGCAUAUAUCACUGUUUAAGGAUUUGAAUCAGUCCCUUCCAAAUCUAUUAGAUGGCAGUAUUGCAGUCCCGCCCUCCAGCACGGUUAUUCCUUCCUCCGCCACCGAAAAUCGGCUAUCUCAGUCGAAUCGCACAGAAUGUUGCGAAUCCACUGCGCCAGAGGCGAAUGAUUUACCGACGAUCGCACAACCACAAAGUCUCACUAAACAAAUUGAUGCUAUGCAGCAGACAAUCGUCUCAUUCGCGACGACCCAACGGGAGAUGGCUAAACGAAUUGGCCGCCUCAACAACAUGGUUAUUUCCCUUGGUUACAGGCUCCACCGACUAGAGGCUCAAAAUGGGAUUCAUGCGCCAGAAAAACAGGAUGCGGUAUCCUUCAAAAGAUCUCACGCGGCGGUAGACGGAUCCGAUCGUAAUGGUGGUUUUUGUCGACCAAACAAAAUGAAAAGACAUUCGGCACUUAGCGAAACUGGCAACUGUGAACCGUCAUUACCCUCUUCUUCAAAUGCCUAG